AUGUCAUUGCCAAAACGUGAACGACGUCGCUCCUUUAUGGCGAGAAAUCAAAAGAUUCAAGCAUUAAAAGAUUUACCACAUUUGAAAGACACGUCAUUACAACGACGAGAAGUUUUGUUUCAACAAAAACUUGAGCUCUGUUCAGUUAUUUUUAAUUUUGAUGACUUGACGUCGGAUAAACGUGGAAAGGAUUUAAAGCGUCAGACACUUUUGGAACUUGUAGAUUAUGUCAAUAAUCCUGGUGGUCAAAAGAUCUUUACCGAAUCACUGAUGCCAGAUAUUAUGGCCAUGGUAUCUGUCAAUAUUUGCCGUGCAUUGCCCCCACAGACUGAAGAUUUUGAUCCAGAGGAAGAUGAACCUGUGCUAGAAGCUUCGUGGCCACAUCUUCAAGUGGUGUAUGAAUUUUUUCUUCGUUUUAUCGUAUCGGGCGAGGUAAACGCAAAGGUUGCGAAGAAGUACGUUGAUCAGAAGUUUUGUCUCUCGAUUAUUGACCUUUUUGACAGCGAAGACCCGCGUGAACGAGAUUAUCUCAAGACCAUUUUGCAUCGCAUUUACGGCAAAUUUAUGUCGCACCGAUCAUUUAUUCGCAAGGCCAUCAGUAACGUCUUUUACCGUUUCGUGUACGAGACAGAACGACACAACGGCGUGGGUGAGCUCUUAGAGAUCCUGGGCAGUAUCAUCAACGGCUUUGCCAUGCCUCUGAAAGCCGAACACUUGCAGUUUUUAGUGCGCGCGCUCGUACCACUGCAUAAACCAAAGUGCGUAUCAAUGUACCACCAACAGCUUUCCUAUUGCAUCACGCAGUAUGUAGAAAAGGACCCCGACACAGCAGUGCCUAUCAUUCAGGGUAUCAUCAAGUUCUGGCCGUGGUCGUGCUCAUCAAAGCAAGUAAUUUUCCUGAACGAGUUGGAGGAGAUUCUGGAGCUUAUGGGCAGCGAACAGCUUCAGCAGGUGCAUAAGCCGCUUUUUAAUGGCUUGGCCAAGUGGCUUGGUAGCCAGCACUUCCAGGUUUCGGAGAGGUCACUGUUCCUAUGGAACAAUGAACACCUUGUGAACAAUGGUUGUUUAAGUAAACAGCACGCGCAUUUGAUUCUGCCAGUCAUUUACGGCCCUCUUCAUAGAAACUCGCUGGGACACUGGAACACUACAGUUGAAGGACUUGCUCAGAACGUGUUGAAGCUCUAUAUGGACUAUGACAUGGCUUUAUAUGAUCAAUGCGCAAAGGAAUACUUGCUGAAAGAAAAAGCCAUGGCUGAAAACAAGGACAGAGAGCAAGAGAAGUGGCGAAAAAUAGAGUCGAUGGCAGCAUCAAAGGCUCCAUCGUCAACGGCCUAG